AUGACAUUAGGCGGUGCCAAAGGUGAGGUAGAGGGUGACGCUAACAAGCCAGGUGACAUGGGUGACGCUAGUAGAGGUGGAGGUGGGCUGGGCGGCGCCAGUGAAGUCACAGGAGGAGUCGUAGAUUCUCGUAGAGGGGACCCACGAGGCGUCGAUGGACUGGGUAACAACGUUGUCAGAGGAGAACUAGGCGGCACCCCAGGCACCAAAGACGCUAGCGAUGCCCUGGCCAGUGGUGGAGGAGGCGCUAACGACGCCUUGGUUAUGGGUGCAGGUGCACAGAGUGUUGGGCGAUAG